CAAAAACACCUCUCGACGAUAGAAUCAAAAAUCCUCUCCACUCGCCCUUGGAGAAGAGAAGAGAAGAUUAUGCUUCUCUUGCAACCUCCACUGGUUUCAUCUCGUUUCCACUCCCUCUAUUUCAUCACUCGCCCCCACCACCGUUUCUUCCAACCGCCCAUUUCCGCCUUCUCCGCAACCGCUUCUUCCUCUUCCCCAUCAUCUCCUUACUUCUCCUCCUGCAACGGUUUCGAAGAAGACGACGAUGAAUUCUCCACCGUCGUUCGUCGUCGCUACGACUUCUCCCCGCUUCUAAAAUUCCUCUCCAGAUUCGGCCCAGUCGAAUUGGUUUUGGAUUCGGACAAUCCCGAACCACCAUCUCCCGCUUCACUUGAUCCGUUAGAAUUCGAGCUCGCCGAGUCAUACAAGGCGGUUCCGGCACCGUACUGGCACUCGCUAAUAAAAUCGUUAUGCUCAUCCACGUCAUCUCUCGGUUUAGCAUACGCCGUCGUUUCGUGGCUGCAAAAACAUAAUCUCUGCUUCUCUUAUGAGCUUCUCUACUCGAUUCUCAUCCACGCGCUGGGACGUUCCGAGAAGCUUUACGAGGCGUUUCUUCUAUCUCAGAAGCAAACGUUAACUCCUCUGACUUACAAUGCCUUAAUCGGAGCUUGUGCUCGGAACAAUGACAUUGACAAAGCUCUUAAUCUCAUUUCCAGGAUGCGUCAAGAUGGUUACCAGUCAGAUUUCGUUAACUAUAGUUUGGUUAUCCAGGCUUUGACACGUAGUAAUAAGAUUGAUUCGGCUCUUCUACAAAGAUUGUACAGAGAAAUUGAACGUGACAAGCUUGAGCUUGAUGUGCAGUUAGUUAAUGAUCUCAUCAUGGGGUUUGCUAAGUCUGGUGAUCCUUCUAGGGCUUUGCAGCUUCUUGGAAUGGCUCAAUCUACGGGUUUGAGCCCCAAGACUGCGACUCUUGUGUCGAUUAUUUCCGCGUUGGCGAAUUCUGGGAGGAUUUUGGAGGCUGAAGCUUUGUUUGAGGAGCUGAGAAUGAGCGGUUUGAAACCGAGAACCAAGGCUUACAAUGCGUUGCUUAGAGGGUAUGUGAAGACCGGGCGACCACUAAGAGAUGCGGAGUGGAUGGUUUCGGAGAUGGAGAAGAGCGGUGUUUCGCCUGAUGAACAUACCUACAGUCUCCUCAUCGAUGCAUAUGUGAAUGCAGGGAGAUGGGAGAGCGCGAGGAUCGUGUUGAAAGAGAUGGAAGCGGGUGAUGUGCAGCCUAACUCUUUUGUUUUCAGUAGACUCUUGGCCGGUUAUCGCGAUAGAGGCGAGUGGCAAAAGACAUUCCAAGUUCUCAAGGAGAUGAAGAGCAUUGGAGUUAAGCCCGAUAGACAGUUCUACAACGUGGUGAUCGAUACCUUUGGGAAGUUUAAUUGUCUUGAUCAUGCAAUGACCACUUUUGAUAGAAUGUUAAGCGAGGGGAUCGAACCCGAUAGGGUGACUUGGAAUACGCUUAUUGACUGUCAUUGCAAGCACGGCAGGCACAUUGUAGCACAAGAGAUGUUUGAGACAAUGGAGAAGCGAGGGUGUUUGCCUUGCGCUACAACUUAUAACAUCAUGAUCAACAGUUAUGGAGAUCAAGAAAGAUGGGAUGAUAUGAAAAGAUUGUUGGGGAAGAUGAAGAGCCAAGGAGUACUUCCUAACGUUGUGACACACACAACACUUGUCGACGUUUAUGGCAAAUCCGGUAGGUUUAACGAUGCAAUAGAUUGCUUGGAGGAGAUGAAGUCAGUUGGGCUGAAACCAUCAUCCACAAUGUACAAUGCCCUCAUCAAUGCCUAUGCACAGAGGGGUUUAUCGGAGCAAGCUGUUAAUGCGUUUAGAGUGAUGACAUCAGAUGGACUGAAACCAAGUUUAUUGGCUCUCAAUUCCCUUAUCAAUGCCUUUGGAGAGGAUAGAAGAGACGCUGAAGCCUUUGCCGUUUUGCAGUACAUGAAAGAAAACGGCGUAAAUCCAGACGUGGUGACAUACACAACGCUCAUGAAAGCUCUCAUUCGUGUUGAUAAGUUCCAAAAGGUACCGGGUGUUUACGAGGAGAUGAUCAUGUCAGGCUGCAAACCAGAUAGGAAAGCUAGAUCCAUGUUACGUUCUGCUCUAAGAUACAUGAAGCAGACGUUAAGGACCUCAUAAAAAACAUAGUGCUUAGGUUAUUAUAUCAAGCUUCUGUCGUUAUAUAUCUCACAAGCUAAGGUCAGAAUGUAACGUCACAGACCACACAUCUCCAGAGGAAGUCUUUCGUUACAUACAAAUCCUCACAUUCUCUGUCUAUGUAAAAGAUUGAAACUGUACAAAUACAGAACUGUUACGUAGACUUUAAUUCGAUAGGGAUACGUUGAAAAUUCGAAACCAAAUCUCUUUUGAUCUACGGUUCGAAUGGUGUAGCGGGCGAAGUACAGAUCUUCCGCACUUAAAUAUUCUCUUAGACUCUAAAUGCUUGUUGAUGCUUUACAUGGUUUUGUAUUUCAAUAGAAAACUAAGACUUUGGUGUAUAAUUUAUAUAUUAAACGACUUGAUUAUAUAUAUGGGUUGAG